AUGAAUUCACUCACAUUCAUACUAUCAUUAUCCUUUACACUAAGCACUGCACUAACUACUUUAAACUUCUGACUUGCCCAAAUAACCCCAGACACAGAAAAACUAUCCCCAUACGAAUGUGGAUUUGACCCCCUAGGAUCAGCCCGACUCCCAUUCUCAAUCCGAUUCUUUCUAGUAGCCAUCCUAUUCCUCCUAUUUGACCUAGAAAUCGCCCUGCUCCUCCCCCUCCCAUGAGCUAUCCAACUUCAAUCACCCACUACAACCCUCACUUGAACUACCAUUAUCAUUACCCUCCUAACACUAGGCCUCAUCUACGAAUGAAUGCAAGGAGGCCUAGAAUGAGCAGAGUAA